AGCUCUUUAAGCGAGCAUUGCAUGCGAAAACUUACUUAGUAGUACUUACUCAGUUUAAAAGUCAACUUUGGUAGGGACGGGCACGAGUUUUUACCGGCGAAAUAACACGUCGUACACUUGUGCCAGCGUGUAUUUGAAAGUACAUUGAAUCGUUUGUGUGUCGCAGUGUGUCCCAGAUAUUCUCAUACUAAGCCAUUGGCGUUACAAUUUGAUUAACCAAGUGACACCGGCUAUUUAAAUAUCAUUUCUGUUAUUGUCAUAUAAUUGCUUUAUCUCGCGCGCUACAUGCCUUGAAGACAUUAUUGGCCUGAAAUCAUGCUAAGAGCCACUGCAGCUAGCUAAUUGAAUUAACGCCCUCACGCGAUUGUCGUUGAAAAUUUUAUUUAUUUAUGCGGUUGUACUUAUGUAUGUACAUAGAAGAGCUUGCAUUCAACAGUAAUGUACACAUUUGGAUGCAUGUACAUAUAAAAUACAUAACCAUGUGUUAAUAUUUACCAUAAUACAACGAGUGUAAGAGGGUGCAUAACUAUUUUCUGUGAUACAAAAGACGCAAGCCGCACGAUCUGAUGUCAAUGAUAUAAGCAUCAUUAACACGUUUUCGAAUUAAUAUUGUAAUAAAGCAAAGAGUUUGAGUUUGUUCGCUAUGUAGACGCAGUUUCGAUAAUUUAACACUACUUUUGCUAACGAUAAUGUAUUACAUGCAUAUGUACAAGUAUUGCAUAUAUGGUACAUAUACAACUAUACAAUAUUUAUCGCGUUAAAAAUACCUUCCAACAAAUAGAGUACCGACGUGACUGUAAAUCACUUGACAUAUUGCUCAUUUGUGAAAGUUGCGGAGAUGUGUUGUGAACCAAUUAAUUUUUGUAUUGUUUUGUAUUUAUAAAUGCUAUAUGAAAGUACUCACAUAAAGUAACGAAAUAUUAUGCAUACAUACAUAUAUACAGUGAUUAGAAAAUAUGUAAUUAAAUUGUUAAAUACAAACCAAAAAUAUUUUGUCAACUAUUGCUGAGAAUACAUAAUAAUUGAGACAAAUAUCAAGUGAUACUCAAGCUUAAUUAGACCCUAUAUAUGAUCUAAGACGUACAAAAUGAUAACCAUGAAUGAAUUUGUGGACCUGCGAAUGCAACAGCAAAUCGCACAUGAAAUCUAUCGCCAACAAAUUAUGCAACGUAUUCCAGAUCCAUUUCCACCUAUGCUACCCAUACCAAUUCCUCGACACGUGGUAAUGCCACCCAGAAUUUCUUUACCGAACGCAGAGGUAAAGUUACAAAACGAUCAGCUUUGGAAACAGUUUCAUCAAAUUGGCACCGAAAUGAUAAUAACGAAAAGUGGCAGACGUAUGUUUCCGUCUAUGCGUCUUUCGCUUUCCGGCCUGGAGGAUGAAUCUAAUUACUGUGUUUUGUUGGAAAUGGUACCAGUAGGUGAUUGCCGUUAUAAAUUCUCCGGAUCGCAAUGGAUGCCUGCCGGAGGUGCGGAACCACAAAGUCCACAAAGAAUGUAUUUGCAUCCGGAUAGCCCAGCGUCUGGGGCCCAUUGGCAGGCGCAACCUAUCCUAUUUAAUAAAGUUAAGCUCACCAAUAACACACUGGAUAGUAAUGGACACAUUGUUUUAGCCAGUAUGCAUAAAUAUCAACCACGAAUUCAUGUAAUACGGACUGCAGACUUAACGCAAAUUCCAUGGGCUCCUCAACAAGCCUUCAUAUUCUCGGAAACGGAGUUUGUUGCCGUAACAGCAUAUCAGAAUGAUCGCAUCACUAAAUUAAAGAUAGAUAAUAAUCCGUUCGCGAAGGGCUUUCGCGAAACUGGCCAAUCUCGAAGUAAACGUAAAAUGUCUUCAUCGCCAUUCGAUGAGGACUCCGACCAACAGCAACAACAAGCUGGACGCCAAUACGGAAUAAGACCAUUACAAACGCAACCUCAAACACAUUCACACAAUCAGCGCAACGUUGUGUCGCCAACGAUUUCAGCCGUGCCGCUAACUAGCGAGUCGGGAUCAUCAAUUUGUUCAGAUAAGACGACGAUUCCGAACAACGGCGAAAAUGACUUCGUGGACGUUGACAUUGUUGCGGAUGCCGACGUCGAUGGUGGCGGACCACGAGUAAAGCGCUUGAGAUCAAAUAAGUCGACCGGCUCGAUAGCAUCGACGGCGCUCGAAGAGAUGAUCAUUAAUGCGCAUGUGAGUAGCGAGCGUGAACCUUUUUCCGUCGUUACUGAGGAGACCAACUCACAACAGGCAUUAUUAACACAACUACCGGAUAAGACUGUCGUGUCUGCUUUCGACAAUGGUGGUCAAUCGUCAUUUAUUUUCCAUCAUUUGCAGCAAAACAUGCAAACAAUGCUCCGACCUUCAUUGGUCGACUUAGCUUGCACCUACUUUGGCCGAUCUCAGCCCAUUUACGUUCAACAUAUGCACCCACCUCAUUCAACUAUCGGCGAUCAAGCUUUGUCCAUCCCGAUGCCAACAACAGCCGAGGGCUCACAUCUGGAGUAUAUCGAUUCAUUGAUACCUACGGCUGCUAACGAAAUUUUAUGCCGCUCGCUAGUACCCGACGAAGAGAACGUCACUGCGUCAACCGUUGACAAUGACGAAGGUAAAAAGAAUGCCACAUUGAUAUCGAAUGAUGCACAGAUACUACAGUUGGAGAGCUUAAUGAGUCAUUCGCGACCAAAAAGGAAAGGUUUUAGCAUCUCUGCUAUUUUAGGAGGCAGCAGCUAGCUGCCAGCUGACUUAUGGUUUUAAUUAUAGUAUUGUACAGUUCUAUUUAAUAUACAUACAUGUACAUACAAACAUAUGGUAUAUACAAACGCACACCGCGUACAUGCUAGAAUAUUAAAACUCAUGUACAAGUAUGUAACCGUGUAAUUGCACAUGUAAGUACAAUACAACAUACAUAUGUAUAAACAUUAUAUAAAUAAACUAAGUACAACUAAAA